AUGAGUUGGAGUCUGUGUCUGAGCCUCAUCCUCUGCCUGACGGUGCAGACUGCCCUGGGUGACCUGCACACCAAAGAGCCUCUAGUGGUCACCAAAUAUGGGCCCCUCCGAGGGAAGCAGAUGUAUGUGGCAAAGACAAGCAUCAAUGUGUUCCUGGGAGUACCCUUCUCCAAACCUCCUGUGGGGACCCACAGAUUCACCGCCCCGGAGGCCCCAGAGCCCUGGAAAGGAAUCAGACAUGCCACCACCCACGCCCCUGCGUGCCUCCAGGAGUCCUGGGGGCAGCUCGCCUCCAUGUACUUCAACACGGGGAGACGGUACCAGUGGCUGCGCUUCAGGGAGGACUGCCUGUAUCUGAACGUGCACGCGCCGGCGCGCGCCCGCGUGGACCCUCUGCUACCGGUGAUGGUCUGGUUCCCCGGAGGUGCCUUCCUCGUGGGCUCCGCUUCCACGUACGACGGCUCCGAGUUGGCGGCCCGUGAGAAAGUGGUGGUUGUGGUGCUGCAGCACAGACUCGGCAUCCUGGGAUUCCUGAGCACGGGAGAUAGUCAGGCCCGCGGAAACUGGGCGCUGCUGGACCAGGUGGAAGCUCUGCGCUGGGUGCAGGAGAACAUCGCAGCCUUUGGGGGAGACCCAGGCAGUGUGACCCUGUUCGGCCAGUCCUCUGGGGCCAUGUGCAUCUCGGGACUGAUGGUGUCACCCCUAGCCCGGGGCCUCUUCCAUCGGGCCAUUUCCCAGAGUGGCACCGCAGUACUCGGAAAUUUCAUCAAUCCUGACCCACUAAAGGUGGCCAAGAAAAUUGCCCACCUGGCAGGCUGCAAGCAGAACAGCACUCAGAUUCUGGUAGAAUGCCUGAGGGCGCUACCAGUGGCCAAGACGAUGCAUGUGUCUAGGAAGAUGAGAUUCUUCCACUUCAAUUCCCAGAAUGAUCCUCAGGAGAUUGUGUGGUUCAUGAGCCCUGUGGUGGAUGGUGUGGUGUUCCCAGACAACCCUGGGGUGCUCCUGACCCAGGGGCAUAUUGCACCUGUGCCCUACCUUUUGGGUGUCAACAACCUGGAGCUCAACUGGGUCUUGCCUUAUAUUCUGAAGUUCCCACUAAACCAACCCAUGAGAAAAGAAGCCAUCUCCAAGAUACUCUGGCGUAUCCGCACCCUGUUGAAUAUCACCAAGGAGCAGUUACCACUGGUGAUGGAGGAGUACCUGGGUGAGACUGAUGACCACGACUGGAAGAUGUUACGAAACCACUUGCUGGACCUGGCUGCAGACGCUACCUUUGUGUAUGCCACGAUACAGGCUGCUCGCUGCCACCGCAAUGCUGGCUUCCCUGUCUACCUCUAUGAGUUUGAGCACCACGCUCCCACUGCCAUCAUCAAGCCCCGAACUGAGGGGGCAGACCACGGUGAUGAGAUCCACUACAUCUUCGGGACUCCCUUCCUCAAAGGCCACUCCACAGUGGAGGAGAGAGCCCUGAGCAUCCAGAUGAUGAGAUACUGGGCCAAUUUUGCCCGCACAGGAAACCCCAAUGAUGGGAAGCUGCCCCAUUGGCCACGCUACAAUGAGCACGAGAAGUACCUGCAGCUGGACUAUGCUGUGAGGGUGGGCAUGAAACUCAAGGAGGAGAAGAUGGCCUUUUGGACGAGGCUGCACCAGCACAGAGGGUGUGAAAAGCAGAACUUCUGAGAGAGAGUUCUACAGGAGAGAGCCCAAG